AUGGAGGCAGAUAUAAUCGCAGAUCUUCGACGCAAGCUCAAAGAGGCUGAAGAAGAGCGACUAAAAGCUGCACAAUAUGGUUUACAACUAGUGGAGAGCCAGAAUGAAUUGCAGGCACAAUUAGAUAAAUGUCGAAAUGAAAUGGUGACCAUAACUGAGAAUUAUGAGCAAGAAAAAUACACUCUUCAGAGAGAAGUUGAGCUCAAGAGUCGAAUGUUAGAAAGUUUGAGUUCUGAAUGUGAAGCUAUUAAACAAGAUCAAAAAAUACACCUGGAGAAAUUAGAAGAACAACUGAGCAGAGCCCAUGGACAGGAAGUGAAUGAACUAAAAAACAAGCUAGAGAAACUAAAAGCGGAAUUAGAUGAAGCUAGGCUUAGUGAAAAGCAGCUGAAGCACAAAGUAGAUCAUCAGAAGGAACUCCUCUCUUGUAAAUCAGAGGAAAUGCGGGUAAUGUCUGAACGUGUGCAUGAAAGCAUGUCUUCAGAGGUGCUGGCUCUUCAAAUUGAACUGACAGAAAUGGAAAGUAUGAAGACCACCCUCAAGGAAGAAGUGAAUGAACUGCAGUACAAACUAGAACAACUAGAACUUCUUAAUUCUAAUCUAAUGCGCCAGGUCGACCGGCUUACAGAAGAAAAAGAGGAGCGAGAGAAAGAAGCGGUUUCUUAUUAUAAUGCCUUAGAGAAAGCUCGUGUAGCAAAUCAAGAUCUUCAAGUGCAAUUAGACCAAGCACUCCAGCAAGCCCUGGACCCCAGUAGUAAAGGCAACUCUUUGUUUGCAGAGGUAGAAGAUCGAAGGGCAGCAAUGGAACGAAGGUUUAUCAGCAUGAAAGUCAAGUAUCAGUCACUAAUGAAGCAAAAUGCAUUUAAUAGAGAACAGAUGCAAAGAAUGAAGUUACAAAUCGCCACAUUGUUACAAAUGAAAGGGUCUCAAACUGAAUUUGAGCAGCAGGAACGGUUGUUUGCCAUGCUGGAGCAGAAGAAUGGUGAAAUUAAACAUCUCUUAAGUGAAAUUAGAAAUCUGGAGAAAUUUAAGAGUUUAUAUGAAAGUAUGGAAUCUAAGCCUUCAGACAACUCUGGUACUCUGAAAGAUACUACCUAUUACACGGAUUUACUUCAGAUAAAGCUUGACAACUCAAACAAAGAAAAUGAAAGCACUAAAGGGGAAUUGUCCAUACAACGAAUGAAUGCAUUAUUUGAGAGCCAGCGGGCUCUGGAUAUUGAGCGAAAACUUUUUGCCAAUGAAAGAUGCCUCCAGUUUUCCCAAAGUGAAAAUAUGAAACUGAGAGCUAAAAUAGAUGAGUUAAAACUAAAGUAUGAACCUGAAGAGAAAAUUGAAGUGCCUGUACUCAAAAAGAGGCGUGAGGUACUGCCUGUGGAUAUAACCACCCCUAACAACGUAUGUUCUAACGGUGCUGUUGGGGAAGAAGUUUCUGGAUCACCAUCUCAGAAAGAGGAGGCACAGUCCUGUACUAGCAACUUAAAAGAUAACAACUUACAGUUAGAAAAGACAGUUGCUAUAAACAUACCAGGAAUUACUCUCUCUCCUCACAAAAACCUGACUGUGAAUAUUCAGCCAACGAAGGAAAAGAAAUGUGUGAAACUUGUAGAAGUUCCAGCCAUGAGUGAAAGAAGUGGAAACUCCCCUGACUCUCGCAGGUUAGCUGCUGAAUCAAAGCUUCAAACAGAAGUUAAAGAAGAAAAAGAAACUGCAAGAAAAUUGGAAAAGAAAACUUGUAAGAAAUCACACCCUGUUCUAUACGUGUCCUCUAAAUCAACUCCAGAAACUCAGUGCGCUCAGCAGUGAAGACUGAUCUUUAAGAAGAGUAAAAUAACACUUGCCCAAAAGGUUGCUGUGGAGGUUGUCUUCAAAUUAAGAUUGUCUUCAUCUGAAGCAUGCCACCUUGUUGGUUAUUUCUUUCUACUCACUGUGCCAGGACCUGGCAUGUUCAUACUGUUUUGACCAAAUGUUCUAAAUUUGGUUGUGAUUCCAACCAGGAGAUUUCUUUAAGUGAUGGUCCUUCCUGGAGCUCCUGUGUGAAUAAACUAUUAAAUGAAGGAAGGUGUUGUUAUAAAUCUAUUUGUUGCAUUGUAUAUGGAUUUUUAAGUAAUAUUAACACAUACUAUCAGAGCCAUAUAUUAUAUUGUAACUGGAUUUUGUCAGUGUUUAAAGUACCUAUGUUCAUCUUUGUAUUUUUAACUCUAAACUUUCUAAAUAAAAAUUUUUUCCCCUUUA